AUGGGGACAGAAUAUCUGGGUCUCCAUGCCAUUGGAUGGCAUGGAAUGCUCAAGACCUGGUGGGACAAAGUACUCGCCGUGCUGUUGUUGACCACCAUCGUCCUGGGCUGUCUAUACAUCCUGUUCAUUAUUGGCAAAAAGCUUCAUGCUCGCUGGAAGGGGAGACGCCAAUUAUCAACCGCCCCCGCGGCCGUCACUCGUUAUCUUGACCGCUUGAAGAGGGAAACGAAACCUCUCCGCUCGCGGAGCUCUGCAAAGUUAGAACUGAAGACAUUCGGCGUCUACCUUGGGUCGAUACCCAGCCCUCCCAGCUCCGAGCAACUGUCCAUCCUGUCGCAAUGGGACGUUGUCGUGGUCGACCCUCUUCAACAUGGCGUGCUGAGCGGCAUAUACAAUUAUUGUUCCGCCGCCCACGUCCUUGGUCGGCUGCAUGUUCCAAGUUUGGUAAACAUCGAGACAAGCAUCACAAUUGAUGAAGUGAUUCAAGGCUUGUGUGUCGUUGCCCAAACAGUCAUCUCGAACUUCACCCAUCCGCAAGCAAGGGAGUCGCCAUUUCACGGAGUCCUCCUCGCAGACUGGCGGAAGCAUUUCCAACCAGUUGUCCUCAACCAAUUGGUCCAAUACCUCAAUGGCAUUGGCCUGGACGUAUGGCUGGAGAUGUCCCCGCCUGACUAUCUCAGCGAACGUGAAUGCCGCGACAUCGAUGGAAGCCGCAUUCUCGGCAUUGUCUACCGCAACGGCACAAUAUUCCCCAACGGCAACCAGCGCGACUACUUUCAGAUGGAAAAGAUGCGGACGGUCAUGCGAGUUGUCGCUGCCCAAAAGACCAUGGGAGGCUGCACUCACGCCAUGUGGGAGACAGUCGAGGAUGACGUGGACGUCUCUCACCAUGUCCUCGGACGGACCUUCAAGUGGUGCGCUUACAACAGCGCCAUGACCUGGAUCGGUCCCUGGUCCGCUCUGACAGACGCCAACGUUGCCGCUCGUCGGACAGUAAAGAAUGAGCCCCUAGGGGCGUUGAUGUGGUUGAAGGAGGAUGUUGUACUCAAGACUCACGACAACUGGCGCUUCAAUGACAGGGUUACCGCAGUCUCAGCUGAACAUGCUGCCCGCUUCGAAGGCCUAAGGACCUUCGUACCGGACAUCCUUGAGAAAAUGGCAGUCGUGCCUCCCGCACAUCGAUCACUGGUUGACACGCGCGCGAUUCACAUCGAUGCCGUUGACUGGCCAUCGAAAAUGGACUACGCGCACAUGAAUCCCUUCUCCGUCUCCCCCGACGGUGUCGACUACACUGGUCUAGGCUGUUUUCAAAUGGGUCAUGACUGCUCUGAGAAAGACAUCAGUGACCUCCUCGAGGCGCAACGCAGCAUUCGAGACCUAGAUCUUCUCGACCGGAUCCAGGUAGAGGAGCUGCGCCGUAUGGCGGCGGACCUGCGUGCUCUCCUGAGACCGCAGAAGGCUUCCAUCCGUGCAGGUGCCAUGUCGGCCACGAUCCAAGAAUUGAUUGAUCUGCUUUCUUCUGGCAACGGUGCGGAAAAUGACAGACUUCGGAUCUGGGUCGGUUUACACUCUGGAUUCCGCACGCGCAGGGAGACCCAGGUCUGGGGCAUGUACGAGGCUGAUGCCCUCACGGGCUCGUUGGAUAUCUUCAUAUCCGGAAAGACGGUCGAUCGGACAGGCACCAUCUUGCACACGUUCCUAUCGCGUCGCAAUUUCAGCCGGUAUGAGUGCUUCAAGGCGGAAAUUGCCCUCGCUGAUGCCAGGAACACUCUGUCUCCCAAAUGGGACCUCCCUCCGCGGCUGGUGAACGACAUCGAAGACCUCAGUCCCGCAGAGGCCUUGCUUUGGAUGCAGCGGCUGACAUUGUCGACCUGCAAAGAAUCGUCCGCUUUAGUAGCCAAAGUCCGCACCUGCUGUGAAUAUCAGCUGCUGGAGGUCCCAACUCUAAGCCAGUUGCGAUCUAUGGCAUCGACGGGUUAUCUCAGCGGGGAAGUGUCGGCCAAGCAGCUUGUUGAAGGACGUCUGGCCUGGUAUCAGAGCCAGGGUUGCGCAUCCCUCGAACCCCGAAGUGCUCUGGCGCUGUUUCAAGAGAUUGACGCUCGUCUUCCUGGGGUCCUCAUCAAGGCAGACAGCACGAGUCUGGCAAAGAUAACCGAGGUUAUGGAGGCCAUUCUGCGACCCGGCCAGAUUGAUAUCAGGGCAGACUUUCUGGCCCUGUCCGUCUUCUGCGCUUUUCGUAAGCUGGCCAUGAAUGAGAUAUACCUCGAGGUUCUUGAUCGUAACCCUCGUCCGAACCUUCACCACGUGCAAACAUCUUGCUUUGCUGAAAAUUACGCAGUCGGGGCCAGAUGCGAUGCUUACAUUGACAUGACGCCCAAGGCCAUUGGCAGAAUCCUGUCCGAUCGUAUCCGCGCAUACUAUCACCAGCACCAACCACCUAGACGAGAGGAAGCCUUCACCGAGCUUCCCACUGCUUAUGCGUCUAUGGACAUCGAUCUUGAUCCCAAUGGAGGACAGGAGGACCUUCCAUUAUCUUACCGCUUUACGUUCCUUGGUAUCUUUGCGGUUCCCGCGCUGAUCGAUAUCACUCUCCUCACCACCAUCGGACGAGGCCUGUAUCUCACAACGUUCAUGAGCAACGAUGAAAAAACCUUGGCGACCACUGCACUGAUGGUUGCGUUGCUACUCUGUGGUGGCUUCGGCGGCUGGAUCAGCUCGGGAGGCAGCUACUACCUAUAUGCGAUGGCCUUUCCCGCGAUGAGCAUGUUCGUCUUAACCCGGUUCAUUGCUGGUGUAGCAGUUGUCUCUGUCGGCGGUCUCUUUGCAUUUAUUGGGAUAGGAAUUGCCAAAGGCUUUGUGUCUGGUGUUGUCUUUUCCGCAUACCUGGUGAUGCUGACGAUAUAUUUGAUGACGCUGUCUGCAUUGUCAAUCUAUCAGCUCCCGGGAUUCCAGUUCCAGUCGGGCCGCACGGUGAUUAUGAGCUGCAUUCCGAUCCUUUUCGUCUCCCCCGUCCUGACGAUUUGGCUUCAACAUGACAUAAUCAUCUAUCCCUGCGUACUCGCCGUCUUUUUGACAGUACUAUUGCUCGGUGCGAGACGUGUAAUUGCCAAGUGGAACAAUUGGUAUCUCCAUAUUCCCUGCAUCACUGAUGGGGAGGUAGUCGACUGGUACCAGAGGACGUAUCUCGCCAGUGCGUCUACUGAUGAUGCCGAUAAGGAACUGGCAUCCACUGCCCUGGCCCGACAGACAUUGUUGGCCUGCGUGCAGAAGGAACGAAAGCGUUGGUUCUGGACCAGAUCCACAGCCGACCCGUUCGUCAAGCGUCUUGCUGAGGGAUAUUCCGCGACUAUGUUCCUGCUCGUCUGGUACUGCAAAUUCUCAAGGACCAAGCUUCCUCUUGCGUACAGUCCGACGUGGAACCUGCAACUUAAAGCCGCCCUUGAUACCAUGGGAGACAUGCAAAAGGGACUCAAGUUGCAUAAUGCUUUCCUUCACUGGCGGCACACAGGGAAAGACGUCUGGGGAGGAAUUCUUUACUUCAUCAUCGCCCUCAUGGACAAGUGGACCGCCUUGUUCACCGGCGAAGGACUAGUCGGACUAUCCUCCGCGUCAAGUGAGACCUAUCGCUUAGCCGUCGGCUUCGGUCUCUGUUACUAUCUGAUAGGUGCUGUUAUCCUCGAUGGCGUCUCACAGCCGCUGUGGACGCUGGCACACCAGAGGACCCCUCAGCCAAUUCCUUCUCUCGAGUUUCUGCGAGAGGCCACACGUAACGACGCACGCGCUCGACGGGCGCUGUACUGGCGGAAUCUGCUCAAGUUCUCUUUCCUCCAUAUCUGGGCUGUUGCCGUCACUUGCGCUUUGGUCUGGUCAUUUGAAGGCUCCCGCAGUGCCACCAUCAUGUACCUCGCGUAUGUCGGUGCAUAUACAGGUCUGCUAUGGUAUCAGUAUAACCGAAUUUACACUGGAUCCCGAUCGGAUCGGGCGCUCACGGCUGGUGCGAUUGGUGGUUUCGUGGCCUGCAUCCUGCUGCGAGUCCUCCCGCGGGAGUUUGCUUACAGCGGCGUGAUCGGACUGGCAGUUGGCACCUGGACGACGGCGAUUGUGUCUUUCUUCAGGGCUGACGUUGCAUGGACCCGUGGACAGAAAUUGACCAGUCUUGAUAAGGACACGCAUGCGGUAACGUACACCUGCAGCACCUUGGAACCAGACCCUGAUUUCUCACAAUCCACACUAUCAAAUACUUUUGAAGCGAUCCGUGCUCUUCCGUCCGAGCUGCGAUACAAGUUGGAUCCUUCUCAACACCCUGGCGCGGAGGUGAUGCAGAUCCUCCUCCGUUCGAAGAGCGAGGCCACGACACCCCCCAGCUUGCAACAAGCCUUUCCCCAAUCCGAGACAAUAUUGCACCGUACAGCCGAGCUAUGGCAGUCAGGAGAAACAGUCGUCGAGCUUGUGUCAGCACGUCAUCUCAUGCUGCCGCCACAGGACCCUACCAUGCGCGCGAUCACACAAAGAGCAGGGGAUCGGCUCCACAUUUUCAUUCUGAUCAGCCUCGACCUUGUGGGGGACGAGUGGGUUGUGAACAUCCGGCGCAAUUGCCAAGCUAUCGCUGAGACUCUCGUUUACGUCACGGCUGAAAGUCGACUAGGGCUUUCGCGUGAUCAUGCAAUGCUAGCACAACUUCUGGCAGCCCAGCAUCACGACAGCGGGACGCUUGCCGUUCCCGAGGGCAUCAAGCGCCAGCUCAAAAGCUCUCCUCCUGAAAGAAAACGGGUGAUCGCCCACGCUCAGAAGACAAUGUUGCGCCAUCUGCUCCUUGGAAUGGACCCUGACAGGGAAUGGGAUCUUAUGCCUCGGCAUGUCCACGCCUUCUUGAUAGAGAGAGCAUGCGGCCAACCAACUCGUCUUUCUGCCCCCGAUGUGGAGUGGAUCCGUUGUCACCCUGGCACAGCCGACGCAGUUGAGCUGCAUUGUCUCCUUGCAAGAUCUAGCUUGAGUACUUCCCUGGCGGUACUUGUAGGCCAGUACGCCGGAGCGAUCGCUGCCCAUGACGAGGAUUUUGGACCCAGGUCCGAUUUCCGCGACUCAAGCUACGAUCAACUAAUUAUCACGGUGUCAUCCGAGAUCGAGCUCAAGAACAAGGGGUUUGCGGAGUUUAUGCGAGUCGCAGUCAUCAGGUUCCUUCAGAAGAUUCGAACCUGUAUCAAGUUCACUGUGCUCUCGUUGGUCGCAGAUCCCGAGUAUCAGCGAGAAUUGAACUAUAUCCUUCGUGGGCAGUCGCUGGUGAUCUCUUGGCCUAUCACUUGGAUUCUGACUGCGGUUUGGGCUUUCUGCAAGGCCUUGCAGGAUCUUAUCCUCCCCCUUGUUUUGUUACAUGGUCGAGACAAGGUUUCCACCCUGUACAAGAACAUGAAAGGACAGAAGACGGUGCUGGAAAAGAACCGUAUCGUCCUUGAGAGUUUGAACGGUCUCACGACUUGUUUCAUGCAUGUCGAGCCAGACGGCUGUUCUCGACUCUACCAGUACUCUGGUCGCCAUGAGCAAGAACCGAGUCAACGGCAGAACCUGGUGGCCAUCAACACCUACACGGACAAGCUCACCCUUCGCAGUCGGGAAGAGUAUGACGGCAAGGGAGCGCUGCGGAACGAGUUUGUAUAUGACUAUCCUGAGGCGUCCAAGACCAAGCUCCCCAUGCAACGGCAAUGCCUGGCUGGCGAGCUAGAGGGACAAGUCGUCCAGUACGACCAGCGUGGAUACAUCACCACCGGGUCCGCCAUGAGAGGCGUCAAUCCCGUUCAGUUCCAGUACUGGUACCGCAAGAACGCCAAGUUCGACGACGAGUUGCUCCGUGCCGAGUAUGUGUUUCCGCAUAUCAAAAUCAAGGUCGCAUGGAGUAUGCCUCCCCGGACGCGUCCGGAGCGCCUGGACAAAUGGAUCCCCUAUCCACGGGUCACCGAGGCUGUCUUCAUCCAAGACGGCGAUGUCUAUAAUGCUCAGUGGACGUAUGAUCACAAGUUCCAUCCCAUCAUUGCGACUACCCUGAACGGCGAACACAUUCCCACGCCGCCCAUGAUCUGUGACGACUGGUUCCAUGUCCUCGACAAGCCGACAGGAUGCACCUUAUUGCACGACAAUCCGCUGGUCUCGUUCUCUUCCACCAAAACAAACAUUAUUGCCCGCCUGAUGCGACUGAAUGUCAAGCAAUAUCCGAUUCCCACGUCACGUGCGCGGACGCAUCUCUGGAAAUCCUGGAAGGCCUCCAAGGAGUUUGAUGCGGUUACUACCCGGUGGCUAGACGAGAUCUUACUUCGAUCUGACCGUAUUCUGCGUCCGUACUGGAGGCGGCGUGACUGGGGCCGUCUCGAGUCCGCCGCAGACUAUCUCGACGCCCAGGUCGACACCAUUCUCGCUCGGGUGGAUAUCGAUCCCGAAAUCAGUUCGUGGACCCAACUGGCCUUUAAAAUCAGCGACCUCUACAGUUUCGGCCAAGGAGGUGACGCAAGGAUCAAUACGCGCACACUGUCAACGCAGCUGCAGGAUACCGAUAGCGAACUGCACGUUUUGGCGAUGGACACGGGCACCUGGCCCAAUGAGCCAGGAGGGGUCUCUGCAUGCCGAAGGGACAUGGUCAACGAUCUGAAGCAUAUCCGGUGGCAUAUCCUCGCGGAGGCGGCCAACGACUUUGGCGUCCCUCGAUUCCAGAUCGAACGGAAUGUGCAGUCGCUGACGGUCUUGCCGCAAUGGGGGCUGGACUUCCUCAAUCCAACACACGGUGUGUUCCAAAAUUGUUUAGAUUCCGCGGUGGUCGAGAAGUCGUACGACACCACGGUAGCAGAUAUCCGACGCAAUUUCCUCCCCAUUCUGUCUAGCAUAGUUCGGUGCUCACGAACCGACCAGCUCACCCGCUCGCAUAUCGAGGAAGCGACGCGGGCCCUGGUGGACUUGAACACGUACUUUGAGUCAUCUCGCAGUUGGAACGACGUCUGGAUGAGUGAUACUGUCAAGCAGGCGUGGAGAGAAAUGUGGCUCAGCGAAGACACGCCUGGCGCGGUUCCCGUUUCACAAUGGUUGGAAUCCGAGAAGCCCACGCUACUACAGCUUGACACGGCCUUGGACAUGUGGCAUCGCUAUCUCUUCAUCUUCUCGAUCCCCGUUCCUGAAAAAAUCCCGGAUGUGUUCCAGGUUUCCCACCAUUUCACGGGCGCUACAUACGGCGUCCUUUGCAAAGUCAAGCGUCAAUGCGCCUUGCAUGUCUGGGACCAUUGUGUCUCGUUCCGGGAGAUGACCACAUUCCUGUCAUCGGCGGUGUCCUUCGAUUCCACCUUUGUCAAUACCACUCUGAUUGGUCUGGGACAUCUGUCGUGCGUUCUGAUCCAGCAUCACGCAGAUGUUGUCCUUCCAUGUGCCGAAUACUUUAAUCCGGGAUGGGAAAUCGAACUAGGAACCUGCGAAGGUGCCCUCCAGCAUCGCCGGACCUUCCGUCGAAAGAUCGACCCCGUUGUGAACGGGAUCACGAACAUGGACAAAUAUAAGCCAAUCGAGACGAUCAAGACGGCUACCCCGACGGUGGUCAUGUUGUCACAUAUCCGAUAUGUCAAAGACAUCAAGACGGCGAUCAUGGCAACUGACCUCAUUGUCAAUAUCUGGGGCUUCAGGGACUAUCGGCUGCACAUCUACGGAGACAUGGAACGUGCGCCUGCCUACGCCUCAGAGUGUCAGGAGAUCAUCGCAUCGAAGGGCCUGCGGGAGCAUGUUGUCCUGAAAGGAUUGGGCAAUCCAUCUGUGGUCCUCCAAGACGCUUGGUUGUUCAUGAACUCGUCCAUUUCCGAAGGUCUUCCAUUAGCCAUGGGCGAGGCCGCCUUGACUGGUGUCCCCGUGGUGUGCACCGACGUCGGCGCAUCGUUCUGUGUGGUCACCGACCGUGCGACUGGGAAGAAGUUCAGCGAAGUGGUUGCGCCCAAUGACGCCAUAUCCCUUGCCAGCGCUCAGAUCAGGGUUCUGGCAUUACUGGGCCAAUGGAGCGCGUUUGCCGAGGACGAGGAGGGCUAUGUGCCCCCGACUUUAUCACUGCACCCUUCGCGCGAGGAGGUAGAACAGAUCAAGCGGCGGAUGUACGACAAGGCCGAGCAGCGUCGCAAACUCGGCAUGCUGGGUCGCUCGAACGUGUACAACAAUUUCUCGAGUGAUCGGUACCUCCGGGAACAUGAACAGAUGCUCUGGCUGGGCAAGUACCAGAGCCGCAGCUACGUUGCUCGAGGGCCGGGAUCGUCGAGCAACUCCAGCAGGUUUUUCAAGGAGAAAUGGAAGUCCUCGAUUCUGAUUGAGCAAGACGAAAUGCUUCUAACUCCAAACUCGGACACGUGGUGGGCUCCUUUCCGCCCGAAGUUGAUGCGAGGAAGUCGUUUGGGGGGCACUUUGGAAGGAAGUUCAGGAACCCAGACACCUGUUUGA